AUGUCUUCCAACGUUCUCGGCAACAAGGACAUCAACGCUCCAAUCAUGUCGGAGCAGGACCAGGCCCUCCGCACCAAGGACAUCAAGAGCAUGGAAUACCAUCGCGAGGUCCUCAAGUCCAAGAUGGAAGAACGAUCCUCCAAGCAAUAUGUAUCCCCAUCCGACAACAUCAUGAGCCCAUGCAGUGCCAAGCUCAACGCACUGCGCAACAAGCACGCCAGCAAGGCCAAGCCCAAGUCCCUCUUCGCCCAAGCCAGCGCUAAGAAGCUGCAAGGCGAGAGUGCCCUUGGCGCCACUCCUGCACGACCCUGA